AAAAAACUGCUACCAGUUCUUCAAGUGAAUAGAUCAACUAUUCAGGACUCAGGUUUUGAACUUAAUACAAGUCAUGUUCCCUUUAUACUUUGCUGCUUCUUCCUAAGGAAAUGGUUUUCAUGUUUGAGGUCUGGUAACACUGUGGUGCUGUUAGCCUUGGUGAGGAAACAGCAGCACCUGGUCAGGCCUUCGUGGGUCUGCCCCCCACCCUACCCUGACCACCCUUUCUUUUUUGGCACAGCGUCAGGGUAGUUAAUAUGUAAAAGAAAGAAGGAAUGCCGGCUCGGUAGCUGAUGCUAGACUAUUUUUAGAAGGCUCUUUCACACCGAAUGUCAUAUUUUUGAAACCCUUGCAGAGCAAGGGCGUUUCCAGAUGCCCUAACGCGGCCUUGCAUCAGCCCUUUGGCCUGAAAAAUCUCUGUUGCCCAGGGGUCCUGAUGGAAAUGAUCUAUGUUCCGUGCACCCUCCCAUUUUCAUCAUUCCCUUUCAUCUCUCCAUGCACCCCUUCGAGGGUUCUGUUCUGCUCACUCCAUCUGCUCGGGGAGGGGCCCUCUGUUCCUACAGUCACAGUGGAGGAGUGUGUGUAGAGAGACAGACAGACACACCAAAACAGCAGACAGAUUGCAGGCUGCGUGGGUGAUCUUUCUAAACGGCAACCCUGACACCAUCUUUCCAGUUCUUAAAACCUCAUUUCCAGUAUCCAAGCCCUGCUAUGGGAGGAUGCUGGGUCCUCUGGUUCAGCGCCUGCCUUUCUCUCUCAGUAGCCCUGGUGCGUUAGUUAUUUAAACUACUUGUAUUUUCUCAAAAGCACUUGAUGCUGUCUUAUUGUCUUUGUUUGCACAGAGGGCCUUCUGUCUGAAAUGCAUCUCUUCUUAUUGUCUUCCAGGUGAACUUCCAGUCUGCCUUUAGGUGGAGCUUAAACCUCUCCUUUUCUGCCCUGACCUCUUGGGUCUCUUUCACAAGGAGGUAGUCAGUCACCUUUCCUGCCCUGAACUCCAUUUCUGAUCUCUGAUACAGGAUUUAUUAGACUCAGUGCUAAUGAUGCAGUUUCUAUAGUUGUUUUCGGCACCAGUCUUUUACUUGAAGUUGUCAUUUUGUUCAGCACAUCAAUGGAUAAACAAUGAUAAAAGAAAUGGACCCAUUUGACACUAGAAGUUCCUGGAAGGAGCUAAUAUACCCUGUACCCAGGGGCAGAUAAGGCAACUGAUAUUUUAUUUUCUCAGGUGUAACUGUCCAGACAAGGACAUGUUACCCUGGCUGCACAGGAUAUAAAAGCGUAUUAUUAACUUACUUCACGUUCGCCUAACAACCACCAAGCCUCGUACUGCACACCAGGACCCAUGAAGGACAUUUUCACGCUCAAGAUCUCAUUACACCCCCUGGCACGCUUGUGAAGGAUGUCUUGUUAUCCCCAUUUUACAGAAAGGGAAACGAGGACUUAAGAGGGCCUAGGUGACAAGGCCAAACCCAGGAGAGAGACCUGAAUCUGGACCAGAGAUUGUGAAUCUAACAGGAUCUAAUUCCUUGGCGAAGUUUAUAGUGUUUUGUAUGUCUUCUUCCUUUUUUUUUUUUUUUGGCGCUGGCUAGCCUGAGGCUUUUGGGUUUGGAGUUUCUCAUGGACCUUGGGAAGAUCCUCUUUAGCUUGCAGGGAGGAUUCUUUGUGGAGGAGGCCCUGGUGCAUGAGUGGUCCAGGGAGUGGUGGUGAUUGUAUUGGUGGUGAUGGUGUAGGGGAAGAACAAAAUCCUGGCACUGGGAGCCUUGCUCUCAGGCUCCAUUUGGAGGACUUCUGGAUUGUCUAGCUCAGUCAGUCAGGGAAGCGAAGGAGGUGGCAAUGAAAACUAUCUUUGGCAGGAGGAGUGCUGUAUCUCUCCUGUAAUUGAGCAUGGAGAGCAUGGGCACUAAAUGGGGCCUUUCUAGAAUUUCCCUAGUCUAGAGAGUUGAGAAGACCUCUGAGAGAGCUUACAGGAGGAUGAGGCUUUCCAGGCAGGUCAUUCUAAUGAAUAAAACCCAUCCAUCCUCUCGUACUCAUUUCCCAGUCAUUGCCAUGGGAAUUGUUGUCAGGUCUUGUGAUUUUUUUUUUUUUUUGAGAGAAGCCAGAUUUUAUGUUAAAUUUCCAAAUGAUUAAAUUUGAAUUUAAAAUUAAAAAGCACAGGGAACUCUACUUAGUAUUCUGGAAUAACCUAUAUGGGAAAAUAAUCUGAAAAAGAGCGGAUGCAUGUAUAUGUAUAACUGAAUCAUUUCACCAUCCAUCUGAAACUAAUGCAAUAUUAUAAAUCAACUAUACUCCAAUAUAAAAUAAAAAAUAAAUGAAAAGCAAAAUAAAAUUACAUUCAAAAGAGACUCCAUUCUCCUCCCUACCCUCUUCUUGUCAAACAAAAUAUCUUCAAGAAUGUCAGUACUGAAUGAUUUUUUAAAUGGAACUCACCUGCAUAUCAAAGAUUACUUGUCCUUACCUCCUCCCAUCCAUUAUUGCUUUUUGGUCAUUCUGUCCAACAAAAUGCCCUCAAAUUUGCAAAUAAUUUCUAGGGAAACAAAAUCCCCAGCUGAGGUUUUCCCAGUUUUAAAGAGCAAGCAUCACCCAACCUCAGCUCCAAGCACUGCCACACUUCAUCAUGGACAGUGUCCGAGUAUCUCUUUCUUUUACUGGGAAUCUUGUGCCAAAUCUGACACUUGAAGCUCUUUGGUAAAAAUCUUUCUUCAUCUCAGCCAUCCUGCCCCCUCCUCCAAUUUCAGUGAUUCCUGUUUGAGUGAAUGCACCUGGCUUUUGGUUACAGCUGAAUCAGGAGGUGGUUUGGCUGGCAGAAGGAUUACCCGGAGGCAUUUGUGCAUCUCACACCUUUCUUUGGCUCCAGCAGCCCUGACUCACAGCAGAUAUUCCGUCCUGACUCGCUUUCCAGGAAGAGCCAUAGAUGUGAAACUGGCAGGGUUCCGGCCCCUGGGGAAACUUGUCAUGUGCGGCAGUGCUUGGAGCUGAGGUUGGCCGAUGCUUGCUCUUCAAAAGGUCGUCAUGUCAAAACGGGCCAGCUGGCAGCCAUCAAGGUUAUGGAUGUCACAGGGGAUGAAGAGGAAGAAAUCAAACAAGAAAUUAACAUGUUGAAGAAAUACUCUCAUCACCGGAAUAUAGCUACAUACUAUGGUGCUUUUAUCAAAAAGAACCCACCAGGCAUGGAUGACCAACUUUGGUUGGUGAUGGAGUUUUGUGGUGCGGGCUCUGUCACUGACCUAAUCAAGAACACAAAAGGUAACACGUUGAAGGAGGAGUGGAUUGCAUACAUCUGCAGGGAGAUCUUACGAGGGCUGAGUCACCUGCACCAGCAUAAAGUGAUUCAUCGAGAUAUUAAAGGGCAAAAUGUCUUGCUGACUGAAAAUGCAGAAGUUAAACUAGUGGACUUUGGAGUCAGUGCGCAGCUUGAUCGAACAGUGGGCAGGAGGAAUACCUUCAUCGGAACACCCUACUGGAUGGCUCCAGAAGUUAUCGCCUGUGAUGAAAACCCAGAUGCCACGUAUGAUUUCAAGAGUGACUUGUGGUCUCUGGGAAUCACCGCUAUCGAGAUGGCAGAAGGUGCUCCCCCCCUAUGUGACAUGCACCCCAUGAGAGCUCUCUUCCUUAUCCCCCGGAACCCAGCGCCUCGGCUGAAGUCUAAGAAGUGGUCAAAAAAAUUCCAGUCAUUUAUUGAGAGCUGCUUGGUAAAGAACCACAGCCAGCGACCAGCAACAGAACAACUGAUGAAGCAUCCAUUUAUCCGAGACCAACCUAAUGAACGACAGGUCCGCAUUCAGCUCAAGGACCAUAUCGAUAGAACAAAGAAGAAGCGAGGAGAGAAAGAUGAGACGGAGUAUGAGUACAGCGGGAGUGAGGAAGAAGAAGAGGAGAAUGACUCCGGAGAGCCCAGCUCCAUUCUCAACCUGCCCGGGGAGUCGACGCUGCGGCGGGACUUCCUGAGGCUCCAGCUGGCCAACAAGGAGCGGUCCGAGGCCCUGCGGCGGCAGCAGCUGGAGCAGCAGCAGCGGGAGAACGAGGAGCACAAGCGGCAGCUGCUGGCCGAGCGCCAGAAGCGCAUCGAGGAGCAGAAGGAGCAGCGGCGGCGGCUGGAGGAGCAACAAAGGCGAGAGAAGGAGCUGCGGAAACAGCAAGAGAGGGAGCAGCGCAGGCACUAUGAGGAGCAGAUGCGCCGGGAAGAGGAGCGGAGGCGCGCAGAGCAUGAGCAGGAGUACAUCAGGCGACAGCUGGAGGAGGAGCAGAGGCAGUUAGAGAUCUUACAACAGCAGCUACUGCAUGAACAAGCUCUACUUCUGGAAUAUAAGCGCAAGCAGUUGGAAGAACAGAGACAAGCAGAAAGGCUACAGAGACAGCUAAAGCAAGAGAGAGACUACUUGGUUUCUCUUCAGCAUCAGCGGCAGGAGCAGAGGCCUGUGGAGAAGAAGCCACUGUAUCAUUACAAAGAGGGGAUGAGUCCUAGUGAGAAACCAGCGUGGGCCAAGGAGGUAGAAGAACGGUCAAGGCUCAACCGGCAGAGUUCACCUGCCAUGCCUCACAAGGUUGCCAACAGGAUAUCGGACCCCAACCUGCCCCCACGGUCGGAGUCCUUCAGCAUCAGUGGUGUUCAGCCUGCUCGGACACCCCCCAUGCUCAGAUCAGUCGAUCCCCAGAUCCCGCAUCUGGUGGCAGUGAAAUCCCAGGGACCUGCCUUGACCGCCUCCCAGUCGGUGCAUGAGCAGCCCACGAAGGGCCUCUCUGGGUUUCAGGAGGCUCUGAAUGUGAGCUCUCACCGCGUCGAGAUGCCACGCCAGAACUCAGAUCCCACCUCUGAAAACCCACCUCUCCCCACUCGCAUUGAGAAGUUUGACCGAAGCUCUUGGUUACGACAGGAAGAAGACAUUCCACCAAAGGUGCCUCAAAGAACAACUUCUAUAUCCCCAGCAUUAGCAAGAAAGAAUUCUCCUGGAAAUGGUAGUGCUCUGGGACCCAGACUAGGAUCUCAACCCAUCAGAGCGAGCAACCCCGACCUCCGGAGAACCGAGCCCGUCUUGGAGAGCCCCUUGCAGAGGACCAGCAGUGGCAGUUCUUCCAGCUCCAGCACCCCCAGCUCCCAGCCCAGCUCCCAGGGCGGCUCUCAGCCUGGGUCACAAGCAGGAUCCAGCGAACGGACCCGGGUUCGAGCCAACAGUAAGUCAGAAGGAUCACCUGUGCUCCCCCAUGAGCCCUCCAAGGUGAAACCGGAAGAAUCCAGGGAAAUUACCCGACCAAGUCGUCCAGCUAGCUAUAAGAAAGCUAUAGAUGAGGAUCUGACGGCGUUGGCCAAAGAAUUAAGAGAACUUCGGAUUGAAGAAACAAACCGCCCACUGAAGAAGGUGACAGAUUACUCCUCCUCCAGUGAGGAGUCAGAAAGCAGUGAUGAAGAGGAGGAAGAUGGAGAGAGUGAGACCCAGGACGGGACGGUGGCUGUCAGCGACAUACCCAGACUGAUACCCACAGGAGCCCCCGGGAGCGCUGAGCAAUACAAUGUGGGAAUGGUCGGCACGCACGGGCUGGAGACCUCUCACGCGGACACUUUCGGCAGCAGUAUUUCAAGAGAAGGAACCUUGAUGAUAAGAGAACCGUCCGGAGAGAAGAAGCGACCGGGCCACAGUGACAGCAAUGGCUUUGCCGGCCACAUCAACCUCCCGGACCUGGUGCAGCAGAGCCAUUCCCCUGUGGGGACCCCCACCGAGGGCCUGGGGCGCGUCUCCACCCACCCCCAGGAAAUGGACGCCGGAACUGAAUAUGGCCUGGGAAGCAGCACCAAAGCCUCCUUCACCCCCUUUGUGGACCCCAGGGUAUACCAGACGUCUCCCACUGAUGAAGAUGAAGAGGAUGAGGAAUCAUCAGCUGCGGGAACCCAGAGGUAUCCAGGGGCCCUGGGAAAAGCUGUUCCUCCGAGAUCUCCAAACUCACCACCUAUUUCUCAAAAGCAGUUUCUGGCUCUGUUUACUAGUGAACUUCUUAGGCAAGAACAGGCCAAACUAAAUGAAGCAAGAAAGAUUUCAGUGGUGAACGUAAACCCAACCAACAUUCGGCCUCAUAGCGACACACCGGAGAUCAGAAAAUAUAAGAAGCGAUUCAAUUCAGAAAUACUUUGUGCAGCUCUGUGGGGUGUAAACCUCCUGGUGGGAACCGAAAAUGGCCUGAUGCUUUUGGACCGAAGUGGGCAAGGCAAAGUUUAUAAUCUGAUCAACCGGAGGCGAUUUCAGCAGAUGGAUGUGCUCGAGGGACUGAAUGUCCUCGUGACAAUAUCAGGAAAGAAGAAUAAGUUACGAGUUUACUAUCUUUCAUGGUUAAGAAACAGAAUACUACACAAUGACCCAGAAGUAGAAAAGAAACAAGGCUGGAUCACUGUGGGAGACUUGGAAGGCUGUAUACAUUACAAAGUUGUUAAAUAUGAAAGGAUCAAAUUCUUGGUGAUUGCCUUAAAGAAUGCUGUGGAGAUAUAUGCUUGGGCUCCUAAACCAUAUCAUAAGUUCAUGGCAUUUAAGUCUUUUGCAGAUCUCCAGCACAAGCCACUGCUUGUUGAUCUCACGGUAGAAGAAGGUCAAAGAUUAAAGGUUAUUUUUGGUUCACACACUGGUUUCCAUGUAAUUGAUGUUGAUUCAGGAAACUCUUAUGAUAUCUACAUACCAUCUCAUAUUCAGGGCAAUAUCACUCCUCAUGCCAUUGUCAUCUUGCCUAAGACAGAUGGAAUGGAAAUGCUUGUUUGCUAUGAGGAUGAGGGGGUGUAUGUAAACACCUACGGCCGGAUAACUAAGGAUGUGGUGCUCCAAUGGGGAGAAAUGCCCACGUCUGUGGCCUACAUUCAUUCCAAUCAGAUAAUGGGCUGGGGCGAGAAAGCUAUUGAGAUCCGGUCAGUGGAAACAGGACAUUUGGAUGGAGUAUUUAUGCAUAAGCGAGCUCAAAGGUUAAAGUUUCUAUGUGAAAGAAAUGAUAAGGUAUUUUUUGCAUCCGUGCGAUCUGGAGGAAGUAGCCAAGUGUUUUUCAUGACCCUCAACAGAAAUUCCAUGAUGAACUGGUAACAGAAGAGCACUUGGCACUUAUCUUCAUGGCGUUAUUUCUAAUUUAAAAGAACAUAACUCAUGUGGACUUAAUGCCAGUCUAGAGGCAGAAUCAGAAGGCUUGGUUGAACAUACUGCUUUCCCCUUUUCCUCUCCCUCCACCCAUCCCGAUACAGUCCAUCUUUCAAUGUUGCAGCCUGGUUGAGAAGGAGAGAAAAAGGUGGCAGGAAUUUCCAGGAGAUCCCCAAGAAUGCUGCGUUGUCUAUGGACAGAGAUGGACCAUGUGCCCUUCGGAGUUAGGGAUAGAAACAAAUAUUGUGUGCUCUUAUGAUUAAGCUGUGUUAUGGUGGAUUUUGAGUUUUGUUUUGUUUUUUACCUUUUUUUUUUCUUUACCCCCUACUUUGUAAGAAUGGGGAGAGAAUGCAUACUGAGAAAGUGUCUGUUUUGAAUUCUGUCUGCCUGCUAGCUUUAAGUAUAUGAUAUGUUGUUAAGAUCUCCAACUUCAAAUGGUGAGAGACAGCACAAUAAAUGUACCUUAUCUCUUUACACUGAAGGCCAUAACUACACAGUGGGGUAAUUUUAGAACUCUUUUACCUUCACCAACCCAAGAGGUUGCUUUUUGAUAGCAACUGCUAAUGAAUUUUUAAAAGAGAAGAAAAAUACUAGUAUUCCCCUCUUUUGGGAAAUAGAUUUUAAAUGGCUAAACUACUAGCCUUAGACUAAUAAAAUCAACUACCAUUUUUGUGAGUCUGGCAGGCCCUAUUUUAUAGGGCCCUGUACGGAACAGAGUAUGUCGCAUGGGAUAGUAGUGCCAUUGAGUUAAGUUGGCUGUAGUGAAUGAGGGACUCUAUAUACAAUGUUGCCUCAAUGAUUACUGCAACAGAUCAGGGCAAAAGAUGGGAUGACAGAGGGGGUCAGAUGGAAAGAGCUUCUGGAAACAAGCUAAAAAUGUAUAUAUAUAUACACACACACAUUUUUUUUUUUCAAAUGCACAAAACUUCCCAGCUAGGAAGUCACUCUGUUUGGGCUUCGUUAGGAGUUAAGACCUUGUUCUUUCUGGGAAUUGGAGAAUCGGUGACAUCUAGGCUCUUGUUACUCCCAGCUUCCUCCUGAGGGUGCCACUGUCUCAAGAUGAAAACUGUGACUGAAAAAAUAAUAAUAAUAAUAAUAAAUGUUUCUGAGCUGCCUGUGUUCUCUCUGGGUUGGUGAGAGAAGGGACUAGACUACUAAGCCUGCCUGGGACCCAGCAGGCAUCAUUGGUUCAGAUUUUAUAGAACUUGAAAGCAAGGCUUUGGCCGAAAUUCUGAGACCCUAAUCAUUUUACCUUCUUCCAAAUUACCCAACAUCCGGUAAACAACGUUUGUGCAGAGAUAUGUAUGUAUUUCAUUCAGGUUGACUUGUGUCCUUAUAAACUCUUCCGCGGAUGAUUUGAACUUUUGCGUGACUGUCUGGGGUUUUUUUUUCCAAAGCUCCGAGCAUGGCCGCCUGUGGUAUCAAGGUGUUGCAAAACAGUAUCUGUGUUGCGCUUCCUGUUUUAACCUACCUCGUUUCGUUUGUUUCGUUUCACUGUUCAUCACAGCAGUGUUAUCUCCAGGAGACAUAUAGAGAGCUCAACUGGCAAUCUCGGCUGUCUUUCACAUUCUUAAAACACAACAGUAGUUGACCAAAUUGUUCUUGAAAAAUUGAAAAAAAGAGAAAAAAAAAUCCAACAGCAACAAAACUAACGUGGCUUGUUUCUGGAGAAAACAAUUACUGUAAACAGAUCCAAAACCGAAAACAUCUAUGAGCCUACUGAUUUUGCCUAAAUACAUGAGCAGCUGAUGUACUAUUAAUGAGAACGAAAUACACAUUAGGAAAACAGCACCAUUUCAAUCUGGUGGCUUGGGCAAGAGGGGGACACGGAAGGGGAAAUACUCUAGUUUUUGAAGUGGCUGAUUCUGCCCCUCCUGUAAAGGUGGCUGUCAUUUGCAUUUAUUUUAAGCAGGUAACACACAAAUGGAAUUGAGGAUUAUCUUCAGGCGAUCACCAAGAUGUCCUCAUUGUGGUCCCUUUAGCGCUCAAAAGCAAUGAAAUCCUCCCGUUCUCAUUUUUACUGCUAAGGUUCUGCUGCUGAGCAAAUUCCGUGCCACAAAUUCAGCAAUAACGUUUGGGAUUGAAUAGCAACUACUGUAAUUGGAUGCUGACAUGGGCAAGACACAUUGAUUUGGGUCUCAUCCCCGCAUGUGAUUGCCACCAGCUCUUUAUAUUGCUGCUGUGGUAUUUUGAACCAGAAGCUUCUUUAAAUUAUGUUGCAAACUGAUCUUUGUUUUAUGUUUUGUUUCGUUUUGAUUUCUAAGUGAUAAGUUCGAAACACACAGCUUUAACUGAUUUUUUUAUUGUGGGAUUUGGGGUACAGUAAAGAAAUAAAAGGGAAUCAUUGUGUUUAAACAUGAGGUAGUUUGUGAAUGUAUUUUUUAAAAUCUAGAUUCAUUGAAACAAAAAGUCGUAAGAAAACAAUAUUAAUGCAGUCUUGUUUACAGUCUGUACAGUGACAUAACAUAGAACAUGAGCUUUUCUGGUGCCAAGAAAAAUAAAACACAGACGUUAACCAUCAAGCCACGCUUUUUAUAUUUUUGUACAAAUAUUUUACACAGAGUACAAGGCAAAACCAAAUUUAAAACGGCCCCCCACAAAUCUGUGCUCCUUAAAAGAUUUCUAAAGAAUUCCUUGAAGCUUCUAUCUCCAAAAAUACAUUUUGCUCCAUAAGGACAGGCCCUAGCUCUGAAAUACUGGAGGCCUAGGUCAUGCAGAAUAUUUCAGAAUAACUGUUCUUGUGGCUCAUAACAAUUACCAACAUUUCAGUUUGCUUUCUUUUUUUUUGGCAGAAGCAAGGGGGUGGUUGUACUUUUCAUCCCUGUUAAUAUCAUCUUAAAAAUAAAAUGAGCCAGUUUUAGAGAUAAAAUCCCCUGUAAGAAACACUAAAACUGAAACUAGAUUCAAAGCUAAAAAAGUUUUUAUUAAGAUUUGUAUGCAAAGAGAAAUAGAACCCUCCCUCCCCCAAAGUUUCACUAGAUCAUUUCAUUCCCUGCUACUCAGUAUUGAUGAUCAUGCAGUAAAAUCCACUGUGGCUGCUUACACCACCAUUGUGGGCCAGCGUCUGUCAGGUGAUUGUCAUUGCUGGGUGCUAGUCUGGGACGUGAGUGAGGAUUCCUUCAUGCAGGGCAUGGUGGGAGCAGAUGACCUACAAGAUCCUUUAAGAUGGGGAGAGUUCUCCCCAUGCCAGUUACAUUCAGAUCGUUAUCCUGCACACGAGAUAAGGGAAGAUAUCUUGCACUAAGUGCCACACGAAAUCUAACGACUAUUUAGAUAGAGCUCAUUUUUCUUGAAGACUUUCGAACAGAGCCUCAAGAAGACCAAGAGCUAUUUCAACAGUAUAGAUUAAGGUACAGAUGACAUCCCACGAGGCCACUCAAACAGGUACUCCAUUUUUCUCACACUUUAACAUUGCUUUCUAAGACAUACUUCUUACAUACAUCACAUCAAGUACACCUUUUUUAAAAGCCUCUUCAUUCCUGGUUGUCGAGACCUACUAACAGUUUUCUGUCUGCUUUUGUGACUUAUUGGUAAGUGGUGUCUCUGGUCCCUCCUCUGCAGUAGAUUAGAAAGAUGUAAAAAAUUCAGGCCGGAGCCAUUUGGGUUUUGUCCAUUGCCCAGACAAGGAAGCAGCUGAAGUCUAACCUCACAUUCCAUAAGCUAAAAAAAAAAAAAAAAAAAUGUUUUCCCUACUAGUAUGUGUUCUAGUUCCCGUCACUGUAUUCUUGAAAUGUUGAAGAGCUCUUUGUGUUAACAAUGUGUGUUGUCUUUGAAAGUCUGCUUGAACAGGCAUCACCUCCAUUCAUGCUGAUUGCUUUAAGAUACAAGAUGUGCCACAUUACUUUAAGAAAGAGCAUGCAGUUAUUGGUCAAAAAUUUUUAAACUUCUGGAGGAAAAUAGGAGGAUAUUUGCAACAUGCUGAUGGCAAUUCUGAAUGACUCUGCCAUGCGCCCAUGAUUCUCUGUUCUAACCGUCUCAACAGUUUCUGUGAAUUAUUAGUCACUUUUUCAUUCAUUCCUCUUAACCUUAAAUCUAAACAAAUCAAAAAAUAACAAACAAACCCAAAACUGACCUACCUGAGACUAUAUAGUUACAACAUAAAAUCCAGAAAUCUAAAUUUGAUUUUAUUUACCUGUUAAUAUUUCUCAUUAAUACCAUUACAUUUUGGCCUUGAUCAGGAUCACAAUAUCAAAAAUCUUAAAAUGUUCUGUCCUUGAUGGGUCUCAAGAUGGAUAUAACCUGAUCUUCUUUCAGAAGCCCCAGCAAAAAAGAAAACCUCUUGAGAAUUUGCAAGUUCAGAACUGACCAUUGAGGGACUUCCCUGGUGGUCCAGUGGUUGAGACUCUGCACUUCCACUGCAGGGGGUACAGGUUCGAUCUCUGGUCAGGGAACGAAGAUCCCUUACCCUACAUGGCACAGCUGAAAAGAAACUGAUCAUUUACACAUGUCCACCAAACAUUUUCUAGUAUUUUUUUCUUUCCAAACUGUAUCACUGGAAUUUGGGGGAUUUUUUCCAUAGAUGCUUAGGAUAUUCAAAAAUGUGCAUAACAUUAAAUAGUAUGAGACCAUAACUCUCUGCUUUGAAAAUUAUUCUAAGGCUGUCAUUCCAGAAAAUGCCAGAAUGCACCAAAAUAAAAAUCUUCAUAAAAGCAUUUUUAAAGCAAAAAUAUCUGAAUAUGUUUUGAGAUAUUCUAAAUUCACAUCAAAAUCUUGGACUCUGUGUCCAUGAUACCAAACAUUUGGAGGAAGACUAGAAAAUAGAAAUGUCCUAAAGUUUCCAGAUUUUUUGGGUUUGUAUAGAUAUCUUCAAACAAACUCAAUUCCUUGCGUGAUAGAGUUUGGUUUUGAUAGUUGGUUUUUAUCAUGCUAAAUUGCACUGCACAGAUGGGGCUGGAGGAAAGGUAAGUUUUCAUUUCUAGCAAUGGAUCAUUGCUUGUCCGUAGCAAACAUCCAUGCCCCAGUUGUCUCUUCCUCGUAUUUCUCCCUCUGGGGUUAGUGUUAAGGAAUAGUAAUUUUGUAUUAUGGUUUAUUUAAAAACCUCAGACAUCACCCUGAAUCAGAAUUUCAAAUGUUAGGUGAAAGCAAGAAAUAAAUCUGUAGCAGGGGGAAAAAAAGGAUGACAGCUUAGAUGAAGUUUCAAAUUGGAUGUUGUGAAACUGUUUUUAUGCAUUUAGCUGUCUUUUUUUUUUUUUUUUUUUACAAUGUUAACAUAACUGUAGAAAUGCCAAAUUUAUACUAUUGGAAGGGGAAACUAUCAUUUGCUAUGCCUAAGAGUGUUUAUGCUGUUUAAAUCUCCAGUUUUCUAAAGUGUUUUAAAUUGUCAAAAAUAUGCUGAAACUGGAUCAUUCUCACCUGUGUGGGGGUAUAAAGAAAGAAAAUCUUCUUGGCAUAUUUUCUAGUCUGAACCUUUUGGUUACUUUUAAGUAUAUUUUCCCCUGCAUUUACAAAGCCUUCAGUUACUGUUGUCUAAGGUUGUUCUAAGCAGUAGUUAGAAAUGAUUUGGUAGGUUCUAAGCCUACCUUUCCUUGACUAUGACUGCCACAGCCUGGAAUAUACUAUUUUAUGUUAUCUCUAUCAAAAUGUGAAUAAAAAAAUAUUGAUAG